GGACUUAGUGGGGGUGCCAUAGAGAUAUAGAUCUCUUAUCCUCAUACUCCUCUGUCGGCCCCUUGGCGGGAAGAGAUGUCCAUCAGGUGCACUGUCGGCCCCUUGGCGGGUGCAUCAAGGCACAGUAGAUGCAUUGUCGGCCCCUUUGGCGAGUGCAUCCAUUGAAGUUUCAUUUUAAUUUGUUACUACAAUUGUUUCUGGCCAUAACCUUUUGAUUUUCUAUUUUUGCUUAAUUUUACAUGAAGCUGACUGUUGGUAACCUCAACCUAGGCUCGACAUGGCUAUCCCCCCAGCUUAUGCCGGUACUACUGAUGUACUCCCUGAGAACGUUCCUUCGAUUCCAUACUUGGCAAAAACAAAGAUUGCAGCUUGGAGUUUGACGGGCUUCUUUGCUUUUACUGGACAAAACGAGUCAAGUUUUUUUACAGCAUUGAAUGAUAUUAAUUCAUUUAAGGGAGCACCAAGGGAUGUGCGAUCAUUUUGCAAAUCCAUUUUGGAUUUUUACAGUGGCAUCUUCGGAAAAGAAGCAAUUGAGAUUGCAAAAAAUAGCAUUAAAAAGGAUGUGAAUAGAUCAAUGAUGGAAGGUCAAGAGCAAUUGGUUUUGCAAUCUCGCGUUAAAAAUGGUCUUCGAGAGGAACUGGCAAAAGAACAACAGACCAGUGAACCAUGGAUCACAGCAAUAUCAACACCAAUAACACCUACCUCAACAGCUACAGUAACAGCAUCGAUGGAUCAGAAUGGAGAAGCUUCGACCUCCAAGAAACCACGCUCCCCUACUAAGAGAAGGAAGGCCAUGUGUGCUACCGAAGAGCCAUGGAGCUCACUUACUAAAUCAUUGAUGAAAAUUAAGUCUCCAUCAAUGAACCCACUACAUGCAGAGUUGUUUGAUCAUUCUGUCAACAUGUUGAAAGAGUACCAAGGACAAAGCGAGCAACAGAAAGAUAUUACAGUGGUCAAAGAUGCUCAAGUCGCAAUGAGCUGUGUUCUCAAUACAUUAUCCAAGAGGGCAUGUGACCACUUCGACAACUAUAACAAUGGCUCUGUGUUAGAGGAAGCAAUAGAACAGAGUCUGAUAGAGGGCUUCACUGAACAUCCUUGCCAACAAGUCCUGAAAAAUUAUAUUCCAAUUCUUGAGGAAGUUGAUGUAGAGGACUUUAUUGGUUGUUUGAAGACUGACUGGGGCUUACUUGAAGGUAGAAAAUCCAAGCCUCCACUGCCAUCGGAACUGCUUGAGGAUAAGGUUAUUGAAAUUUUAAUAUUGCUGUGCAAGUUCAUUACGCACCCACCAUUUGGAACUGUUGCCCCAUCUGAGAUGGACUGUAUGCAUAUUUGGGUUUCUGUAUUUGCAAUGCUAACAAACAAAGUCACCCUACAUACGUAAGUAACCAAUACAGUAUUGUCCUUGAUGCAUACAUUUGAAUACUAAUAUGUCCAAUCUCAAAAUGCAAAUAUAGGGGUGAAAAAGCCCUCGAGGCAUCAAAAUUGAUGCGCCAACUACAGACAUCAGAAUAUGGUGAUGUUAGCGAUGCUGGUCGAAAAGCCGAUUGCCUCUUUAUGUUCCAGCAGAUUGAGCUGUCAAAUAUCGAAUUUAAAUGUGAAAAUAUUUCUCCAAGAGAAAUAGCAAUCCAAAAUCGAAAAAAUAUAAGACUGGCUCGCUGUAUUCAGGAAUCGCAUGUAGCCAUUGGUGUUACUUCAUCUUCUGUUCACGUUGCUGA